CGCCUCUUCUGAAGUUACCGGUUCCAUCUCUGAAACUCUCAGAACGACUUCAUAAACCCUAAACAUUCCGCUUCUUAGCACACGCUUCGUUCGUUAUUAUUUCUUAAUUUUUGCAGUAAAGGAUGCAGCACGACGAAGUCAUAUGGCAGGUCAUCCGCCACAAUCACUGCAGCUUCAUGGCCAAGAUUACGACUGGGAAGUUCUGUAGAAAUCCGUAUAACGUAACUGGGAUAUGUAAUCGGAGCUCAUGCCCUUUGGCUAACAGUCGCUAUGCUACUAUUCGCGAUCAUGACGGAGUUUUCUAUCUUUAUAUGAAGACAAUUGAAAGAGCUCAUAAGCCAAAUGAGUUGUGGGAAAGAGUUAAGUUGCCCAGAAAUUAUGAAAAGGCACUGGAAAUUAUAGAUAAACAUCUGAUGUAUUGGCCUAAGGUACUUGUACACAAAACAAAGCAACGAUUGACUAAAAUGACCCAAAUGCGGAUACGUAUGAGGAAGCUUGCUUUGAAAACAAGGGAGAAAAUCAUGACAACUCCCAGAAAAGAGAUUAAAAGAGAAGCCAGAAGGGAGCAAAAGGCUGAGAAAGCAGCAUUGUUGGAUAAGAGCAUUGAAAAGGAACUAUUAGAACGCCUUAAGAAAGGAGUAUAUGGUGAUAUAUACAACUAUCCUGUCGAAGCAUAUAAUCAAGUUCUUGAAAUGGACGAAUUACAGGCCGCCAGUGAAGAGGAGGAGGAGGAACCUGAAAUAGAAUAUGUUGAAGGAUAUGAAGAAUUAGAAGAAGAAGAAGAUAUGGAAGAUUUUGGUGGUCUUGCAAUCCAUAAUCCCGAAGCAGAUGAAGAUAGUGAUGGAAUAGAUGAAGAUCUUGAAGACACAGAUGUUCCGCACAAGAGAGGUAGAAAGGAGUCUACUCUUUCUUUGAGGAAGCUAGAGAAAGAUGCUCAUGCCAAACUGAAGAAGAAAGCGAGGGUUAUAGUUGAGGUUGAGCAUGAAGAUGCUGAUGAGCGCCAAACAACUGUCCACUAGAAAGUUCUUUACCUGUUGUUGUAGAGGAGGCUGAAGAGGUUAAUGUAAUGAGACGAUAGGAUUUUUGUUCUUCUUCGUAAUUCAGCGACAGCGAAGAUUGGUAGUGGGAACGGUAAGAUUUUUGUUAAUUUCGAGCAUGGCAUUCCGGUCCUAGAUUGACAGUUUGAUUGCAUUUUGCUGUCUCUGAUGAAACGCAUUAGGUCCUAAGGAAACACAUUCAGAUUCAGCAUUUUCUUUCUCAGAGAGUCACCUGCCAGUCAAGGUUUCUCAUUUUUGUUUUUGGUUAUUGGAACAAGAAACAGGCCAUUGUAUUUUAUUUUAUUCAUAAUAUUAGAAUUUGCAGAUACGAAUACUAGUAGAUAGAUAGAAUCCAUCAUGAAACAUGAUUUCUGUUUGUUUGGCAUUUCCUGCCUUUGUAUUAUUUAUGGUAAAUCCUACAGAUCUUGAAAGAAAUAACUGAUUGAAUUCGUCAA